CAACAGCCUGUGUCACUGCAAAGGGCAAAGCCUUCUGAAAUAGCAACAAAGUUGUUCACAAACCACUUUGUGGUUUGCAUUUGGUUUCAGCCAGCUUCAGCAACUUGUUGCCAUGAGGAAAACAACCUGCACUUUCCUGGCCGGCCGGGGAAGGAUCGCUGCCCUGUGAAGUGCUCCUGCCCAAGGUGCAAAGAGGGUGGCGAUGGUAGCUGGGCAGAGCACGGAGGACCUCAGCCAACAGAGCCAGACAAUGAGAGCAGGGGAGGAUGAGGAGAGGAGGCAGGGCAGCAGCUGCCGCCAGCUCCCAGCUGCAACAGGUUGUGGAACAUUUACCUUUCUAUCUUCUGCUAUUGCUGCCAUAAGUGGACUUCUGAUGGGUUAUGAGUUGGGCCUUAUCUCUGGAGCUCUUCUUCAGAUAAGCAGCAUAUUAGCACUCUCUUGCAAAGAGCAGGAAAUCAUUGUAAGUUCCCUGCUUUUUGGGGCCCUAUUUGCAUCCCUUACUGGUGGAUUUCUGAUAGACAGAUUUGGAAGGAGACUUGCUAUUAUUAUUGCAUCUUCUUUACUUGUGUUGGGGAGUCUGAUUUUACUGCCCUAUGAAUCAUAUGAGAUACUUAUUGUGGGACGGAUUGCCAUAGGUAUUUCCAUAUCAUUAUCAUCAAUUGCGACGUGUGUCUAUAUUGCUGAGAUUGCUCCACAGCACAGAAGAGGCCUCCUUGUAUCAUUAAAUGAACUCAUGAUUGUGAUAGGCAUUCUCUUUGCCUAUAUUUCAAAUUAUGCAUUUGCCAGCAUAUCUCAUGGCUGGAAGUACAUGUUUGGCCUUGUGAUUCCAUUAGGUGCUUUGCAAGCUAUUGCCAUGUAUUUCCUUCCUCCAAGUCCUCGGUUUCUUGUCAUGAAAAAUAAUGAUGAAGCUGCAAGAAAAGUACUGGAGAGGCUACGGGAAACGUCAGAUGCUACUAAAGAACUUACUGUGAUCAAGUCUUCCCUGAAAGAUGAACAUCAGUAUAGUCUCUUGGACCUGUUUCGUUCAAAAAACAACAUGAGAGCCCGAAUGCUGAUAGGACUCACUCUAGUCUUUUUUGUGCAAACAACUGGGCAACCCAACAUUUUAUUUUAUGCAUCGACUGUUUUGAAGUCAGUUGGGUUCCAGAGCAAUGAAGCUGCCAGCUUGGCUUCUACUGGAGUUGGAGUAGUAAAAGUCGUUAGUACAGUCCCAGCCACAGUUUUUGUGGAUCAAAUUGGAAGUAAAACUUUUCUGUGUAUUGGCUCUUCUGUUAUGGCAGUAUCGUUGGUCACUAUGGGCUUAGUGAACCGUAACAUACAUGUGAAUUUCACCAAUGUCUGUAGAAGACAAUCUCCAGAGGAUUUCUUUCUCCAGAGACCAGGAAACUUCACUAUCACCAAUGGGAGUCUUAAGGACCUCUUUGCUAGCUUGACUUCAACAGAAAGAUCAUCAUUUGAUGCACAGAAAAGCCCAGAUGUUGCCAGGACAGGAGAACUGAACAGGACUGCACUACCAGGAGGCAAAAGCACAGCAGGGUCUCACAUGGAAAGUGGGGAGGUUCCUGUUGUCCUGAAAUGGCUCUCACUGGCCAGCCUGCUUGUUUAUGUUGCUGCAUUUUCCAUAGGUCUUGGACCAACUGUUGGAAUAAUUUAAAUGCAGCUUUAAACCCAUGCUGGGGACAGUGGGGAAGAAGGAAAAAGGAUCAGGCAAGAAAGAUCAAGGAGGAUGGAAGAAAGCUCAAGGGUUCACACGAAAAGUAAAUCCAUAGAGGUGAAAAAGGAAGUAAGUCUGCCUUCAAUUCAUCACUGUCUUUCUUGUGCAAUCUUAUGUGGUCUGUGGUGGUUUUCUUAUGUAUUUUAUUGUAUUGAGCAAGCCAAAACCCAAAGCUGGAACACUCCCCUAAAGCCCAAAGACUGCACAAAUUUAAUCCCUUGACUUUGGUCCUGUGAUUGUUAGAUUAACUGGCUACCUGAGUUAAAGCAUGAUUCAUUAGCACAGUUAAAUGCUGAACCUUUUAUGUGUCUUUCACCUCAGUCAUUAAAUGCAUCUGUAACAAAACUCAGAACAGCUGGUUUCACAUAUGUUUCAUAUGACACUGAACAGCCCAGAGACUCGAUCACAGAGGUCAUAUCUCUUGCCACCCUUAAAAUACGAAUUGCAUAGGACUGCUUUUUCUCUGCCCCUUAAUGCUCUUGGGCUUAAUCUUGGCCACCAAAUGUUCAAUCUGAAACUGGAGAAUCUUGUGGGAAUGAGAACUGUCAGUGUGGAAAUUCUGACCCUCCAUGGAUUUAGUUGGCUAUUCCUGUGUUUUGAAAUACUGUAAGCUGUAUGGCCUUGCACUAGCUUGGAAAACACUGGUACAAAAUUUGGUUGUCUAGAAUUCACAUCAAUAUCUUUGAUACUAGAGCAAUAUUUAAGGCUUUUACAAAACAUGUAGUUAUUGCAUUAAUUUAUAGCGCACAUGAAUCUGCACUAUAACAGACAUUCAUGCUCAACAUUGCCUCAUGUGACAUUUGUUUGCAAUGUUUUAUUUUUGAGCUUCUACAUUUUUCAGAGCAGAUGUGACCUAGUCCUAAAUUUCACAGAAAUGAGCAGCAUCAAUU